CUCUGUGAGAACUGCUUGCUCUCUCGCUCAAAGCAAUCGGAGCCAUGACAUCCCUCAAGGGCCAGAUCAAGCAGAGCCUCGAGUCUCUCAACAGCAUGACCAACGCCGCUGAGUUCGACAAGGGCAUCCCCGUCGAGCUGAUCCAACGCUGCUCGGGCAUCGUCUUCAUGACGGAAGUCAAGGCGGGCUUCGUGUGGUCCGGGUCCGUCUCGGGUGGUAUCCUCAUCGCGAAGCUCCCAAACGGUGGCGGCUGGAGUGCGCCGUCGUCGCUCGGCAGCGGCGGGAUGGGGUUCGGCUUCCAGGUCGGAGCGCAGAAGACGGACACCAUCAUUCUUCUGUUCGGCACCCUUGCCGUGAGCACCUUUGCCAGCGCGGGCCAGGUCAAGUUUGGCGGCGACCUCUCCGUCUCCGCCGGCCCGGUCGGUCGGUCGCUCGCAGCAGACGCGAGGCUCGGCACGGGAGGCUUCACGGGCUGCCUGAGCUACUCGCAGUCGCAGGGGCUGUUUGGCGGCGUCUCACUGACGGGCGCGGUGCUCAUCACGCGCUCAAAAGACAACGAGGAGUUUUAUCAGAGGCCGGUCACGUCCAAGCAGCUCAUCUCGGGCGAGGUGCCGCCACCAGCCGAAGCGGCCUCCCUCUACGCCGCGCUCGACGACCUGAUCAAGCAAGCGCCGCCGCCGCCGCCGCCACCACCACCCGCGGGCCACGAUCAAUACGCGCGGUCGCAGGAACCACCAACCAACCCGGCGGCCGAGUCGGCCCUCGUCGAGAUGGGGUUUGCGCUCGCUGACGCGAGGGAGGCGCUCUACCGCUCGGGGAACGACAUUGCUGCCGCGGCGGCACUGCUGGCCGACCGCGCUGCCACGACACACAGUCGUUUCUAGUAGCAGCGGGGUGCGCCCGAUAGCGCCCUGGACCCAAACUGCCGCUCGGCUUCGCCCUCGUCCGGCGCACUGCCCUCUCCCUCUAGCGCCCCCUCCCCUCCUCCUCACUCUGUCUAGUAGAGCUCCGAGUGUUCAGUACGAAGGCCCUUGUGCCCAGUGUCUACCGUUAUAGAGUCCUACAUGACGCGCGAUGCAGGAUGCUGCGGCAACCGAAAUGCACGCAUGGGCAUGCUGUCGAGUGUCGUGUGCGACGAUGAUCGAUGUAUCUUGUAUCAGCUCCGUAAUUGGUAGUUAAUGUGACCUCCUAAUAAAAAUGCCUACGCGCACGAC